AUGGACAUCUUUAGCAGUUUCACUUUUCCAAAUGUUCCACACAACAUACGAGAUACUAUGUUCUCGAACCGCAAACACAUGGUUGUGGUCGGAGUGCUUGGAAAAUCAACGGAUUUCCAUUGUAACAAGCUGAUCGAAUUUAAUGUGCUACACAUUCAUCCAACUCUGAUGGAUAAAGGCGGUAGUGAGGGACGUAUAAAAUUUUACUACCGCACCGAGGACCACACGAUGUUUGUGCACUUCGAUACAACCUUCGACAAUUUCGUACUGCUCGAGCUGGCCGAUCAAAUGAUGGGUGAAAAACCGGACCAACCAUCGGCACACUUUGUCGAGUUCAACAGCGCAAUCCGGACCCGGUUUGCACGCGUGCUGUUAUUCGCCCUGCAAAUUUGUCACAUUGUGGUGCUGGUCGAAACGGCCGUUACGUUCGACAUGUCGUACCUUUCACUAUUCAAGUCCCUGAAAAUCAUUCGAGAGAAGCAUGUUCUCAGGUUUCUGCCCGAAAUGUUAAAGAGAUGGUCGUUCAUGGGCAAGGAGUGUCGAUUGUGCAAUCCGCGGCUAAUCUUUAUUUUCAAUCUGCCGGACGGAUCGGAGCCGUACUCGCUCGAAGAAAUCAAUACGCUGCAGAUGAAGAUGGAAGAAUUUAUCAGCAAAACGCUACGCAACGAGUUCAUUAUUACGAACAACAGUGGGCUGUCGUUAUUCGCAUUGCCCAGAAACAAACCGUUUGUCUUCUACACCCAGCGGAAAGAACAACGACAGGAUCCAGUGAUAGACACAAUCAACAUGCUCUCAUCGUACCUAGUGAGCCAGAAGAGCACCGGGAUGAUCAGCAAGGAAGAGGAGAAUCAGGUGUUGGAGAACUUGAAGCCGUACGAAUUUUUUGGAUUCCCAAAUUUUAAACUCAACGUGGACCGACCGGAGAAAAAGGAAGAGCGCAGCAUUCUACAGUUUGUGCAGCAACACGUAACCGAAGCGAUGGAGUUUGGAUUUGACGAUAGCAACCCCGGCGGACGGCAACGGAAUAGAACGCAUUUUGUUCUUCCACCCGUCGGGGUUUGGUAUGAAGUGUUCCAACUUAUGCACCGUCUGUUCAUUGAAAAUCCCAACAAACCGUCCUACGCCGAGUUCGAUUCGGAAUACCGAUUGUAUCUGGAAAGUUUCUACGACAUUGUCGAUAUCGAUGAGCAAUUCUUUGGCGAGAUUAGCGAACAGGGUCUCCACCUCGCAAUGAUGAAGUACAAAGAAAAGCUGCCAAUGCACUACAGCACGGCGUACCACGAGGCAAAGUACGGGGAGGCCCUCAAUCUGCUGAUGCUGUACGCACGCGGUCCCCAAGUGAAACCUAGUGUCGAGGAACUAAAACAAUACUGCGAGGCGAUAUGGUUGAACGGCAAGCAACAGUGCGAGUAUCCGAGCUUGCGUGGCAAUCCGUGCCUAAUGGGCAAACACAAACCGCAGGACCCUUCCGAGCAUUCGAGCGGGGUGAUUUAUGUAUCCUCGUGCAACUGCGGCCGCACGCAGGGCCAUCGGGAGGAUCCGUACACGAUUCGGCAGGCAAACUUUGAGUUUUAUCAAAUCAUAGCACAAAGUUGUAGCAACUGCAAUCGGCUGGAACGUGUGCAGUUUCCCAUCUUCGAACCGUCGAUCAGCGACUUUCGGGCGGCAGAAUUUAUUAACAAAAAUUUUUCCAACCUAAUGUCGUUCGAUAAAGCCAAACGAACGGCCUCAGACGUCGGUCCCCAGACGCGCUCGACUCGCGAACAUUCACCACUUUCCGGCAAUCAGCGCAGCCAAAACAGCUCACAAAGCUUGAGCUUCAUCAUCGAUUCCGAUGGUGAUGAAGAAACGAAGGAAGUUGCCGAUUCGAUAGCAAAUGAUUUUGACGCCGAUCUCAUGCUCUCGCAACGGGUACCGGAGCACGAUGCGAUAGACGCUGUUGAAGCGUUUGAUUUGGACAUAAAAGAAGAACCCAUCGCUGAGGAUUGCAUCGACGAGCUAGAAGUAAGGGCCGAUGAGUUGGGUGAAGAGAUGGGAACAUUGUCACUAGAACCGGCACCGGCACCGGCGACAGCUCCGUCGAAGCAACCGUCCACAACGGAAUACUUGCCUGGAAUGUUGCACGCCGCCAGCCCUGCCGGUUUGCUACCGCGCUUCCCUUCGUGGUCGCUGGUGUGCUUGGGUUCGAGUUCAAUCUACACGCACAACUCGGGCUUACCGGAGCACGUACAGAGUGGGUUUCUGUCCGGCUCGAACUUUCUACUACCAUGGGACGUAAGCGUGCGCCUCGAGCACGCCCAAUCGUGGGCCGCUUCGUACGAAAAGAUACGCAACCGGAAGAAAGGCAUCUCGCACUGCUCGAAGAGCUACGAACAGAGCAAUACGUUUACGCUCAAGUUGUUUGUCGGCAUCGAGUACGAGUGUCUUCGGGGCCAUCGGUUCUGUAUGGACGCACCGAACAGCAUCAUACGGACCGGCACCGAGAUCGCACGCGAUAGUGGCAGCAAGGUUGUGUUCAACGAUAUGCCCAUCUACUUUCCGUGCCCAUGUCGGAACACGGUUAACAAUACGGCACAGCUGAUGCGGGUGCACAUCGUGACGCCGAAAGCACCGGUUCACGUGAUCAUCGAUCCGAAGGUUAAAAUUGUUCAAAACAACGCCCAAACCCAAAGCAGCUUAACGUUCACCACGGGCAUGAAGGAACCGAUUCGGCUGUCGCAAAGCUCCUACUGGAUACUGCGUUUGCCGUUCUUGUACGAGGGUGACACUGGCCCUUUGCUAGCCCCGGUUGAGGUGGACCCUGCGACCGCCGCCACACACGGUGUUCUCAUGGAGGGUAUGUUCGGCAUACGGGAGAACGAAUUGAACGAUAAUCGGUGA